AUGAAUCACCCACAAAAAGCCUCCCUCCGUCAGCAGCUCCGCGGCCUCUUGCGCGAACUCGACUCCGAACAAAAACAACUCGCCUCAGAAAAAAUCUGCCUCCAACUUCAAAAUCUCCUCAAAGACAAAACUCCCCAGCACAUCGCCCUCUACGCUGCCACCUCACACGAACCUGACCUCCUUUCACUUCACCAACUUCUCCCGCAGCACCAUUUUUACUACCCUCUCGUCGGCGAAGAACACACCCUCACCUUCCACCACCUCGCCGAUCCCUCUCAACUCAUCCCCGGAAAAUAUAACAUCCUACAACCUAACCCUAACAUCCACCCCCCAUCUCGCCAGAAACACUCCAAACCAUUCUCAUCCCCCGGACUUGCUUUUACCAAAAAUGGAACUCGCCUCGGCCAAGGCGGCGGCUACUACGAUCGUUUCCUUCCACAAGCACCGAACGCUCAAAAGAUCGGCAUUGCCCUUUGCCCUCCAACUCCAGGAAACCCUCCCCGCCGACCCCCACGACCAGCCGUCGCACAAGUCAUCACGGCCUGA